UUCUCUGUUGGUUCUUGACUCAGUCGCUCUCUUGUCCCUUGACAUUUGAGUUACAUCCUAUCGCUUGCGGGAAUUUUUCGUUUCUUUCGUCUUAUUUUUCUUAUCUUUUCGUUACCUCAUCCCAAGGAAACUUACUCCCGUUGCGGUACCCUCGACCCACGCACGUGCGCGAUUAUCGAUCCUUUAUCUCUCCCACUGUAUCCAUACCUGUACUGUACACUACUCAGAUAAACACAGUAGACGUGUCUUAUCUGAGGCUAAGUAUCUAUGCCCGACGAUGAUGUCCCCCCCGCCAAGCGGACGCAGGUACCUAGAGCCUGUCAGCGCUGCAAGACGCUCCGCCGAGGCUGUAACGAGUAUCGGCCGUGCAGAAGAUGUGUGGAUGCAGGUCUAGGAGAUCGCUGCAUUGGACAGUCCGGCGCUCCGAGCAUUCUCCAGCCUAUCCACGGCCAUUACUCGGUACCGUCCAAUGCACCUGUUGAGGCGCUGCAUCGACUCAUUGAGCUUGUACCGGCUCAGGUACUCGAUCAUUGUGUUGAGCGCUUCUUUGCACGGCUUUACCCUACUAUUCCUAUUCUGACUCGCGAUUAUGUCGUGCUGCUUAGAUCGGCGUCAUCGUCGGCGACGCCUGAAUGGAGACUUGAGGCUUACUCUGUCCUUGUCGCCAUGUGCGCGCAGGUUCUCCUCCAGACAGAAGAGCCAGAGAAUUUACUGUCGCAAGGCAUCAUCGCUGAGAAUAAUGCGACAUACGGUUCAAUGAUCGUGGAUCAAGUCGUCACUGUCCAUCAAUCAACCCCCCGCACAAUGAAACCAACCCUUAACCAAUGCCUCCUCGCAUUCUUCCUCUACGCCUGCCAAGCGCGUCUCUCGCACCACAGUCAAACAUUUCUCUUCCUGCGCGAAGCAACAACACUAUUCUGUCUCCUGCGCCUCGAGGACAUGGACCAUUCCGCAAAGGCGUUAGCACACCGACUAUUCUGGGUCCUUGUCGUAUCAGAGCGAUCUCACGCCAUCCGAUAUCGCCGCCCCAUCACAUUACAAAUAACCGACGAGGCCCCAGAAAUCGACAUGAACGAUCCUUCGCUUUCUGGCUUCUGGAGUCUUUCGGCGCUUUUUAGACCCAUCGAUACUUCGUUUGUUGCGCUGCUGAAUCAGGAGCGCUUUGCUAUCUCACCGCCUCUUUCGUCGCUGGAUUUCGUGGAGACGGCUGUUAAUACGGCUAUAAAGCCUGAUUUGCAACUUCAUGAAACACAGAAAGCGAAUCUGAGAAUAACACAGCUGUGGCUACGGAUGAUUGUAUGGAAGUUGCGCCUUCGACUGGGUCAUCUCAGUGAAAACGCGCACCAGCAUAGUCUCACUUACCAAUACCCUCUAGUCGUUGCCAAGGAUCUCACGCUCUCAACGCGAGAUCUUUCCAUCGACAGUAUAAAGAUCCACGGCAUUGGAGUAACAGAGAAGCUUUACGACAUUGUCUCGGCGGUAGUUGACGUACUCGCUCGUGUACCAGUCACGCCUUCAAGUCCCCAAGGCCUUGCGAUGGGCACGUCACCUGAAGAUGACUUACUAUAUAUCCGGAACCUCAUAACCAAACUGCCGGGAGGUGCAUCCACUUAUGAGCCGCUUCUAGAAAAGCAUAUACAACAGGCACUGCCGAGUCCCGGGCCUAGCGUGGCCCACAGUAGUCCACCAAUAUCGAGAGUAAAUUCAUAA